GCGGGCGGCCGCCCCGCCCCCGCCGGGCCCCCGGCGCUUCCCGCUGCCUUGGCAACGGCACGCUCUGAGCGCGGGCCUGGCGGGCGCGGAGCCCCGCACCGCGGAGGCGCUCAGUUUGGACUCGGCCACCUGCAGCCCUGCUGCUCCAGGAGCUGUCCUCUCCCAGCGCCGCCUGCAGCUGCAGUAGGGAAAGAAGAUGACUUCUGCUGAGAAGCUGCCACCAAGUCUGAACACUGAGCAAAACCAAUCUCCUCAUUGGCCUCUCUGCACAAAUCCUGGCAAUCCAGUGUUUUCCUGUAUGCUGGACCCCAAAAUAUUUGGGACCAGUGUUUCUUUGGCAAAGCCUCAGGUUUUACUGUUUAAAACAACUUCAAGUGAAUAUGGUGCUAUGCCACCUAUCUCACAGAUGGUACCCUGUACUUAUCAUCCAGUGGAUCAUACCUUUUCAAAACACCUACUCACUUGUGGGUCAUCUCAAAAUAGUUAUUUAAACACAGCCAUUGACAGAAAUAGGGUAUAUGACUACCCCAAUUUACAGCAUACUCUCUAAAAAUGCAUCUGCAUCUUUAUGUCAUAGAUUUAGACUAAACACUCAGUUUAAUAAAAAAAAAAAAAAAAAAAAGUCUGACUGUUAUUUGGGUAAUUCCGGGAAUAACUGCCAAUUUCUGAUUUAUUUUGGUUUUGCUGGGUCAAAUAAGAUGUAUCAGAAAGGAUGUAGCCCACUGGAUGGUACAUUUCUCUCAGUCAGACCUAAACCC